AGUAAAUUAUAGGGAAAGCUAUACGUUUACAAUUCCACCAUAGCUAACAGCCAAUCACAUCCUAAAUUCUCUUUUCCCCAACUCCCAAACAUAAACCCUAAAUUCCCAAUUCUGUUUCCUCAACUCUCAAACCUAUAUCGAAUUCUUGAACUCAUACUGUGAUUCGUGAUUUGCAAUCUGCUCUGCCAAUUUCAAAGUUUUUGGAAGGGUUUUAUGCAAUCUGCUCUUCCAAUUUCAAGUUUUGCUGUGGCUUCCUACAAUAGGAUCUGCAUCUGACAAGCCAGUAUGACGUUAAGCUGUUCUUUUGUGAAGCCUGUGCUGGCAGUCCCUCGUUCGCUAACUAAGAAGAACCUCAUCGUCACAUCCAUCCCUCUCAAGUCCUUGAACAUUAUCAGUUGUUGUUCGAUCAAUGACUUUGUUACCGUGAACAAUGACAAGUAUGUGAACAAACAAGUGAUUACUUUGAAUCCAAGGCUGUACGACUAUAUUUUGAGCAAUACUAGAGAGCCAAAAGUGUUACAGGAGCUGCGAGAAGAGACUGCUACAAUGCGUGGAAGCCAAAUGCAGGUUGCUCCCGACCAAGCUCAGCUACUCACUAUGCUAGUCGAAAUUCUCGGGGCAAAGAAGUGUAUUGAGGUUGGAGUUUACACUGGUUACUCUUCCUUGGCUGUUGCCCUCGCCCUUCCAGAAUCGGGUUACUUAGUCGCCUGUGAGAGAGACGAGAAGGCUCUUGAAGUUGCAAGAAGAUACUACGAGCGAGCUGGGGUUCUUCAUAAGGUGAAGAUUGUACAUGGUCUCGCCAUAGAUACUUUGAAUACAUUGAUUUUGAACGGAGAAGCUGGAAGCUACGAUUUUGCAUUCAUUGAUGCAGAUAAGAAAGCGUACAUGGAGUACUUCGAGUUGUUGUUAAAGCUCGUAAGGGUCGGUGGUGUUAUCGUAAUCGAUAAUGUACUUUGGUACGGGAAAGUUGCUGAUCCCUUAGAGACUGAUUCUAGAACUGUUAGUCUCAGAAAUUUCAAUAGGGCUAUCUUUGAAGAUGAGCGUAUAAGCAUUAGUUUAGUACCAAUUGGUGAUGGUAUAACAAUUUGUAGAAAAAGAUAAGAAUUUGUCAAAUUGUAAUUGUUUUAUGGAAUUUGUUAUAUUAAAAAAAAUGUGGAAUUUGUUAUAUAAGUUUUGUUCUUGUAUAUUUUAGAUAAUUCCAAUUUAUUACUUC